UCUUGUUCUCUGCAGCUCUAUAAAAUUACCGUUCCUCUUUGCGUGUCUUACACACUACGCAAAUGGGGGAGUCGAAGAGGGAAGCGGGAAUGAUCAGCCUGAGGCCGUUUGAGGAGAGCGACCUGGACGACCUGAUGGUAUGGAGCAGCGACGAUCGAGUGACCCGGUGGUGCGGUUGGGACUCCUUCACUUCCAAGGAGGAAGGCCGGAGAUGCCUCGAUCACAUGAUCGCCCACCCUUGGAACAGGGCCGUCUGCCUCGACGGCCGCCCCAUCGGCUUCGUCACCGCCAGGCUCGAGCACCGCGGCAGGGCGGAGCUUGGCUAUGUCUUAGCCUAUGAUCACUGGGGCAAAGGGUUCGCCACACAAGCAGUGAAGAUGGCCGUCCCCUUGAUUUUCCACGAGUUUCCGGACAGGGAAAGGAUCGAUGCUCUGGUCGACGUCGAGAAUAUUGGGUCGCUCAAGGUCCUGGAGAAGGCGGGGUUCGUUAAAGAGGGUCUGCUCCGGAAGUAUGUCUGCCAUAAGGGGAAGAUGACGGAUAUGUUCAUUUUCAGUAUCCUCGCCUCCGAGUAUAAUCUUUAAUUUCUAUGCGCCGGAUUUCAUCGGAAGAACUCCGAAUGAGCUUCUCAUGCCAUUAGACGAAUUGCAUAUGAUCACGGAUCAUGGUGCACUUUGGGGUGACUAGGCCUCUUCGUAAUUCCAACUACGAAUGAAAUAUGUAAUUUUUAGUUGAUAUAUACAUGUCAAAAUUGAGCCUGAAAUAUAUCAUUCUCAGUUGAUACAUAUUUGUCAAAAUUGGGCCUUCUUGGUUACAAUAAACUUGG